AAAAGGCAAAAACUUUCAAAUCAAAAUUGGCAAAAUUUGAAAUCCCUAAAAACGUCAAACAGAAAACACAGUAACAGAAGAGAGAGAAAACCUCCGAUUCAACAAUGGAGGAGAACCAGCUCAGAAUCGGUGAGUCAACUCACUCCGACGUCGUUUCACCCUCCUCCUCCGACAACGAAGAAGAUGAAGAAACAGAGAAGAAGCUUGAAGAAGAAGUUAAAGAAAUGGUGAAGAAAGUCGAAGAAUACAGAUCUACUUUGCCUAAUCAACUCAAAUCUUCUCUCUCCUCCAUUCUUUCUUCUCAGCGUCCGGAUUUCUCUCUCCUCGACAACGCUUUCAGUGGUCCGCAAUCAGGCGCAGGAUCUAGCCUUCCUAAUUCCAGCACAGAGUUAGAAGUUGAUGAUGGUGAAAAAACCCCUGAUGAAGUUCAAUUGCUUAGAGAUAAGAUUUCUAGUAACAUCUCUGCCAUUCCCAAGGUUUUAAAAAGGAUGAAUGAGUGCAUCUCUAAAAUCGACAAACUUGUUUCUUCCAAUGAAACUAUUCAUCCUGCAUUCAAAAGAAAAAAGAGCUGAUAUAGGUUAUACAUGAUGUAUGUUAACAAGGAUUGUUGACGGUAGCAAAAUUUUUGUACACUGAUUUUAUGACACUAGGCAGUAGGACUUCACUGACAGGAGCUGUAUAACAUGAAAAUUGUAUCUCCACUAUGUAAUUUGAGUCAGAAGGUAGUCCAAUUAAUUUGAUUCACAUUAUCUCCUGUAAAUUUUGAGUGGUGAGUAAAAGAAUUAUUUUGUCA